AUGCUGAGCGCCGUUAAAAUGGAAGGACACGAACAUCCGGACUGGAGCACCGGCGGCUACUACGGCGAGACCGAGUGUUACAGCGCAGCGGGCAGCAUGAACUCCAUGAGCAGCUACAUGAGCGCGCCUGGCAUCACCGGCACCGGCCACAUGAACGCGCACUAUAUCAACCCGGUCGGGGUCAACCACUCUUCGAUGCCCGCCGGGGUGUCGCAGAGCCCCGGGACGGUGAUGCAGAACGGAACCGGGAUAACGGGCCUGGGCGCCGCGCUGCCGCCGAGCAUGAGCCCCAUCAGCCCGCCGCAGUACGGGAACAUGCCGGUGAUGAGCCCGGUGUACGGCCAGGCCUGCGGCAUCAGAUCCAGGGAGCCCAAACCGUACCGGCGGAGCUACACGCACGCCAAGCCGCCGUACUCGUACAUCUCCCUAAUCACCAUGGCGAUCCAGCAGUCCAGCAGCAAGAUGCUGACGUUAAACGAGAUCUACCAGUGGAUCAUGGACCUGUUCCCGUUUUACCGGCAGAACCAGCAGCGGUGGCAGAACUCCAUCCGACACUCGCUCUCCUUUAACGACUGCUUCAUCAAGGUGCCCCGCUUACCGGACAAACCGGGGAAAGGCUCCUUCUGGGCCCUGCACCCAGACUCCGGGAACAUGUUUGAGAACGGCUGCUACCUCCGGCGGCAGAAGCGCUUCAAGUGCGGGAAGAAACCCGGCACGGGUGACGGCGAGGCGCCGGGGAAGCCGGGCUCGGAGGGCGGCUCGGUCACCACCAGCAGCAGCAGCAGCGACUCCGACUCCCCGCACUCCUCCUCCUCUCCCCCUCCGUCCUCGGACGCAAAGGCAGCCGGGGUCGACCUGAAACCGCAGCCCCCCAGCCCCGUGCGCGUGCCCUCCCCGCUCGCGCACAGCCAGCACCUGUUCUCCCAGCAUCAUCAUCAUCAUCCACAUCAUCACCACCACCAUCACCCGCUGCUGCUGCAUGAGGCCGCACACCUGAAGCCGGACCACUACCACCCCCAGCACCACCACUACUCCUUCAACCACCCGUUCUCCAUCAACAACCUCAUGUCCGAGCCGCAGCACCACAAACUGGAGCCGGUGGUGCAGUACGGAGGCUACGGCUGCCCGGUGUCCGGGGCGCUGGUGGCGGCCAAGAGCGGCCUGGAUCCCGCUCACAGCGACAGCAGCUACCACCGCGGCGCGUACACCAGGCCCAUCAUGAACUCCUCCUGA